UAACAGUGCGAAAGUUGGUGUUACAUAGAUCACUGUCGUGGGCAGGGUCUCAGGGCUAUAGCCACACAGUCUGUUCCACGGGCGCCCAUCAUACCCAGCUAGAGCCUCAGCUUAUACCAGGCUUCUGGCCCCUUCCAGGGCUCUCUCCACGCCUUCGUACUUGGCAGAAGGGUUUGAGACCCUCCUCUAGCCUAUGGCCUGAAAUAAAAAAAAAAAAACAAGUGCGGCAGAUUGAUCCAGGCAGUCUCAGGAGGCGACCGCCGCUACACUGCACCGUCCAGUCCGCAGUCCGCAGAUCCCGGGCGCUUGCUGCUCUCUGGCGGCCGGAGUCGGGAGUCUGGGGACAGAGAAAUCGCGCCUUCUAAGCUCCGCACGCCCAAGGGCAACCAGUGAGUGACCCGGAGGCUGGAAAGGGGAAGCGAAGAAGAGGGACGCGGCUGAGGAGUGAGAACCACGGGAGAGGGGAUCCAGAAGAGGAGCGGGAGAGCGCUCGAAGGGAACAGCGAGGGAAGAGAGCAGUCCUGGCACCAGCGGCGAAGCGUAGGUGGCUUAGGAGUCGGAGAGCGCGUCAGCACCGCAACCCCUCCGGACCUUCACACACGCGGUCUCCCAGAGAUCAGAGCCCCUUCUUCCAGGGAGCGCGGCGCCCCCUCUCUCGGCUCCGGCCGCCCCCUCCUCCCUCCACUCGCUGCCCCUCCUCCGUCCCGCCCCCCGCACGGAGUUGGGAGCGCCGCAGUGGCCACUGCCUGCACCACCGGGUCCCGGAGCCGCUGCUUUGCCGGAUCGCCUGGGCACGCUCAGAGAGCAGCGCGAGUCACCAGCCCUGACUCUUCUUCGAUCCGACUCCACGGGUGGCCUCGGGGAGCCCCAGCCGCCUCCCGACCUGGCAUUCCGCUCCCCAGCUGCCACGCUACGCAUCACAGGAACUUGGGCUGGACCCGGACGGGACUCGCGCGCGGGGCUGAACCCGAAGCCCUGCGGCUAUGCCCUCCUGCCCCCUCCCUGUCAGUUGUUGGUCCUGCAUCCCGGCUCGGCCCCCGACGGCUGCGCGUUGAGAUGACUUUCCGAGACCUCCUUAGCGUCACUUUCGAGGGACCCCGCCCGGACAGCAGCUCCGGGGGCUCCAGUGCGAGCGGCGGCGGGGGCAGCACAGGCGGCGCGACUGCCUCGGAGGCCCCAGCGGUGGGCAGCGUUUCGGGGGCCACGGGCGGCGGCAGCGGCGUGGUGGGAGCGGGCGGCGGCGAGGACAACCAGAGCUCCGCUGGGGAGCCGGGGGGCGCGGGCGCGGGUAGCGAGGUGAACGGCACAGCGGCCGUCGGGGGGCUUGUUGUGAGUGCGCAGGGGGUGGGGGUGGGUGUCUUUCUGGCAGCCUUCAUCCUCACCGCUGUAGCGGGCAAUCUGCUUGUCAUCCUCUCGGUGGCCUGCAACCGCCAUCUGCAGACGGUCACCAACUAUUUCAUAGUGAACCUAGCUGUAGCCGACCUGCUGCUGAGCGCCACCGUUCUGCCCUUCUCCGCCACCAUGGAGGUUCUGGGCUUCUGGGCCUUCGGCCGGGCCUUCUGCGACGUGUGGGCCGCGGUGGACGUGCUGUGCUGCACGGCCUCCAUCCUUAGCCUCUGCACCAUCUCGGUGGAUCGGUACGUGGGCGUGCGCCACUCACUCAAGUACCCUGCGAUCAUGACAGAGCGCAAGGCGGCGGCCAUCCUGGCGCUGCUCUGGGCCGUAGCCCUCGUCGUGUCCGUGGGGCCUCUGCUGGGCUGGAAGGAGCCGGUGCCCCCGGACGAGCGCUUUUGCGGCAUCACGGAGGAGGCGGGCUAUGCUGUCUUCUCUUCGGUGUGCUCCUUCUAUCUGCCCAUGGCAGUCAUUGUGGUCAUGUACUGCCGCGUGUACGUGGUCGCACGCAGCACCACGCGCAGCCUCGAGGCGGGCGUCAAGCGUGAGCGGGGCAAGGCCUCCGAGGUGGUGCUGCGUAUCCACUGUCGUGGUGCAGCCGCCGGCGCAGACGGGACGCAUGGGACUCGGAGUACCAAGGGCCACACCUUCCGCAGCUCGCUAUCUGUUCGCCUGCUCAAGUUCUCCCGUGAGAAGAAGGCAGCCAAGACGCUGGCCAUCGUCGUGGGCGUCUUCGUGCUCUGCUGGUUCCCCUUCUUCUUCGUCCUGCCGCUGGGCUCCCUGUUCCCGCAGCUGAAACCAUCAGAGGGCGUCUUCAAGGUUAUCUUCUGGCUCGGCUACUUCAACAGCUGCGUGAACCCGCUCAUCUACCCCUGCUCCAGCCGCGAGUUCAAGCGCGCCUUCCUCCGCCUGCUGCGCUGCCAGUGCCGCCGCCGCCGACGCCGUCGUCCCCUGUGGCGCGUCUACGGCCACCACUGGAGGGCCUCGACUAGUGGCCUGCGCCCCGACUGCGUCCCCAGCCCGAGUGCCGCGCCCCCCGGAGCGCCGCUGGCUCUCAUAGCGCCCCCAGAUCCCAGCUGCCCAGGCACAGACGAGGUGCAGGCUCCAGUCUCUAGCCGUCGAAAGACUCCCUACGCCUUCCGCGAGUGGAGGCUGCUCGGGCCGUUGCGGAGGCCGACCAACCAGCUGCGUGCCAAGGUCUCCAGCCUGUCGCAGAAGAUCCGCACCGGGGGCUCGCAGCACGCAGAGGCCGCGUGUACCCUGAAAUCCGAGGUGGAAGCCGUGUCCCUAGGCGUUCCCCAAGAUGUGGCGGAGGGCGCCACCUGCCAGGCUUAUGACUUGGCCGACUACAGCAACCUCCGGGAGACUGAUAUUUAAGGACCCCCAAGCUAGACUGAGGAAUGUGCUGAGGGUGGGCGUGGGGGGCUUUGUGGGGAGGGAGGCUGGGUUUGUUGGAGUGGCCCGGGUGGAUCAGGGACUCAAAAACUGUUCAGGAUGGUUGCUUCUGUGGCAUCUCUGAGCAAGCCGGGCUGGACCCUUGAAGCGUUGGGAGUUUGGGGGCCCCCUGUUGGAGACAGGUGCGCAGAGCUCUUUUCCUAGGAGGGAGGGGCUGCAGGAUCUGUGGUGCCAUUGGCACCCAAAUUCCUGUUUGAGAAACUAACCACCCCAUAUGCCCUGCCCUGACCCGAGUAGAUUGCCCCAAGUAUGGCCAGGCAGGCCUGUUCCUCUUCUUCGAGAGGAAGAGGCACCAAAGUCUUGCGUGGCUGCCCCAAGGGUAAAGGACAAUGGGGUCAGGUCGCCUCAAUGGACAGUUUCUCCUUAACUGCCUACUAGCAGGACCCAGUGAACCUGCCACCACUGCCAGCAAGCUUUGGUGGCCUAUUGUAUUUUUCCCUGGGCCCACUGCCUCCUACCCCCACCCCUGCAUUGGUCCAGUGCACACUCCAUCACCUGGCUCUGCCCCUCAUGACUUCCCUUCAAGGGCCUUACUGUUUACACUCUGUACAUAGCUCAUUGUGCCUGUGCCCAUCACUUCUUGCUGGGAUUUUGAGCUGCCAACUGGGGAGAGCUUUAUUUGUCAUUUUGAAACAUAUUUAUUGGUAAGAGUACUUAUAUUUUGUCCAAACUGUGCAAACUUUAGCCUAUAAUCCAUAAAGAACUUUUUUUUUCUAAAAUCCUUAGAAAUCCUUAGGCCCACAACAAGAUAGACUAGGUCUCUAUUUACCUCUCUAGCUUCGACUCAACUGUCUCUUUAACUGAUGACUACUGUCCUUUGGGUCUUUUAGCAUGACCAAAGGACUUGGGAGUUUUAUUGGCUUUUAAAAUUCACAUGAUUAAUUUUGGUCACCAAAUAGUAAUCAUAAGCACAAAUUAUCCCUUUGCUGAUCUUCCCAGAUGCAUCCCUGAUGCUCUGAGGACCUCAGUGAGGAAGGUGGUCAUCAGUUAAAUGGGUAAAAAAUUACUUUAUGUGAAAAGAUAUACAAGCCCAAGUAGACAGGUAUACAGGGCUAGGGAAGAGAAUCCAUACUUAGCAUCAGUGUUUGUUAGCUUUAAGUAAAAUCUCAUAUUCCCAUAGAUUGUAGGCAGUUCAGUCUUCAGCUAGAUAAUACCAACCACAUUUAUCCAACCAGCAAGGGAGUAAUUAUUGUGGCCAGUGAACCCUUAAAAGGAGCAAUGGUUAAACAUUGCCUGGGGUACCUAGGAUUAUUCUGAAACUGGAAAAGCCAGCUGCUGAGCCAACAUGGACCAAUAUUGAGGCUAGAAGUCUCUAUCUCAUGGGAGAUAGUUUAUGUGAAAGGUCACCAUAAUUCAAACCUUUGACAUCCAUUUUACAAGGUUAAAAGGCAGUCAAUGGCAGGGCUUGGAUAGUUCACAUGGUGGUGGUUCUAUAAAAGGAUCUGGGCUUUCAGGCCUGGCCUUCCUCAACCUCGAGGAAUAGGAAGGACAGUUCAUAGCCAGUUCUGGGAGUAUAGUGCAUACUUUGCACAUAUUGGCCACUGUAAAGCUGGGUGGAGGGCACCCUUGCUGUCUUCUCACAGAGGUAGGAGCCAUUUUUCAAAUCAGAGGUUGGAGAAGAGGCAGACACCAGUGUCCAAUGACUGAACACUGGCUUCAUGCACAGUGGUAAACCAGACAGAGUUCUGAGCAGGGUAAAUGUUGGCUCCCACGCUCCAGGCUAGUUGCAUCCACAGGUGGUCAACAGUGAGGGUAAGAGAAUAGAAUGGGAAGGAGCCUUUAUCAGGAGGAUUUGGGGACCUCCCUGCCCUGCAUAACCCAAUGGAAAUAGAGACAGGAGGAACUGAGGGCUUGCUCACUACUUGCUCCAGGUGUGAUGAUCACCUGCAGAACUGUUCUUAGGUUCAAGCCACAGCCCUGUAUCCUGGCACAGCAGCCAUUUGCACCCAGCUGCUUCCUUCUGUACCCCUCAGAUCAGGUACCAAGCCCACUAGCAGUGCAGGAGGGCUGCAGAGCCCCCGAGAGGCCAUGCCAUAUAGCAGAGGCAUCCAGGGACCCUGCUCUAAAAACAAUAGAACACUGCCACUGACCUUGCCCUUGGGACAUGUCAGAGGGUCAAAGAAUAUCCAAGAGGAAUGAAAGGAAUAACAAUGCCCUUGUGGAGCAGGGAGGUAUUGCAAGUGAUUUGGAAACACCUUGAAGAAGUACAAUUGCACCAUUUCCUGGGUCUUCAGGUACCUCAGUCCCCCAGCUUGGACUACAUGAUUGAUUACAGAGACUGUCCCCCGGCUGCAUGUAAAAGAGGGCUUUUGCCUUCAGGGAAGCUCCUUUACGUGUGCUCAAGGGUGGGUGAAGCCUGAAGGAAUCGGUGAGUGGUGAAAGGGGCGGUCCUGUGAGAUGUGACAGAGACAGAAGCAAGCUUCCAGAGACAUGGCAUUUGCCUAAUUCCUCCUCCCCAAUCCUUAGAAAGCCUCAUUUCUGCUUCCCACCCAGGAACUCAAGCUGCAGUCUGCCCUCCCUCUCUAGCAGGCUCCUGCCACCCACCUUGCCUUGCUUCUCACACUCUUCCCAGGCUGCUUUUGCAAGUCACCUGGGACAGUCCAUUUCUCCGCUCUCCUCCCCUAUGACUCUGUCAUAGUCCAUGUUGAUGGAAGCCCCUUGCUUGCUGAGAUAUUCACUCCCUGCCUCUGGGCCAUGCAAGGAGAUCUCUGGGAUCCCAGGGUCUCUCCUGAUAUGACGAACACUUCCUCUCCACCCCCUUCUUCCUCUCUCCUCUAAAGUCUCUUCUCUAAAGUCUCCCCUCCCUGCCCUUAAAAGUUUCCCCAGGGUUUUAUUCUAACUUUUCUCAACUCUCCACAUACUCUCAUCCACUUCACAUAUCUCAAUGACCACUUGCUUAUGAAUGACUCCCAAGGGGCUGUCUCUAGCUCUGCAUGUGUUCACCCUCCCCCUUGGUGACCUCCAGACACCCCAAAUACAAACCUCAAGGCCACGCGCCUCCUGAGCAUACCCUGCCCUCUCUGAUUUCCAACUUCCAGAAUCCUCAAGCUCUCAAGACCUCCUUCAAAGAUCCCCUACUUGGAAUUAAGCCCUGAGUAUCCCAUAGCCCCCCACCCCCAGGAUGCUCACAAACAGUUCAUCCUGGCUACAGUCUAGAAAGCCAGCUAUGCUGUGCACUCCUGUGGGAACACCUGCUUCCAGUCCAUCUUACCCUCCCAUCUGAAGCCCCACUGCCCCUGCAGGCCCCUGCAGCAGCAGCCAUACUCUUCUUUGAUCCCUCUGUUUCAGGCGCUGACAGUUCUGGGGAAAGGUUUGGAACCUCCAUUGUCCUCUGCUCAGUGACCUGUCAGAGCUCAGACUCCUCCAAGCCUUUCUGACCCUGAUUCUAUUCCUGUCCUGUUACACCCCCAGGGGGGUACAUGUUCAAAAUCCACUUGGAAAGAAUUUCCUUUUUUUUUUUUCUUCUUGUGACUCCAGGGAAGCACAAAACCAGAUGCUUGCAAAGGCUAAACCAGUCCCCACAGCCUCUCUGCCUGGCAUAGCUCCCCAGGGAGCUAUUGGACCCAGGUGGCUCUGGGGGGUAGGACCUUAGGGAAGCAGGGCCUGGCACUGCUCCUGCUGUCUGAGCUGGCCCACUUUCCUUCCCCCACCCUGCCCCUUGGGAAAAAAAGGCAACAACAAGAAUGCUGAACAGAAUCUGCCCACAUUCUAAAAUUACCCUGGUCUGGGGGUAAUUAAGGGGAAACCACAGGAUACAUAUGGAAUCAAGAAGAAAUCCAGGACAUGGAGCCAUACAGGUUGAGCUUUCAGAGCCAGGAACCAGAGGUAAGGAUGCACUGGAAGCAUCUGCAAGCACCUCAGCUGUGACAUUUCUGGACAUUUCCUUCAGGGAUUCACUGUUCAUGUAUCUCCACUAUACUGCUUGUGUCCACCUCUUUCUGUCCUGCCAAAAACCAGAGAAGGAAACUCAGCUCCUUUUCCUGAGAGGGAAUCAGAUUGGUCCCGCUCAUCAUUUGAGCCAAGCCAUAAGGUCACUGGUCAGCCUAGGGAUUGGCUAAUUUUGGGUCAGGCUUAACAGCAGGAGCAGGCAGAUGGGAGUGGGAUGGGCCAAGUGGGACAACAGCCCACUGGGCACCAGCCUGUGAGGAGCAAGUCUUUUCCAGAGGGGGCAGGGCUGGUCAGAUAAAGAUUGACAUCUCUGGCACACUGGGUCAGCUAAGCAUGCAGCAAGCACUGAGGAAACUGCCCGGUAUCUAGAUAAACCCUUGGGCAUUAGUUUUCUCACUUGACAACUUACAAGGCAAAUGGGUUACUGGUAUUGUCAUGCUCUCUCUGCUCAUAAUCUAUUUGUCCUCUUUGUUGCUACAUCAUGACUAGUGGCUCCAUAUUUCAAGAAGUUGUUCAAAGCAGAGCAAGAGAAGGAUUGGCUGUAGCAUCUACCUCCUUUUCUCAAGCUAGCAAAGCUUUCCCAGAAACACCCCUCUACCUCCACCCCCAUUCAAGGUUGUAUUGGCCAGAACUGGGUCACAUGACCACCCUGUGCAGGAGACUGGAAAAAAUCAGUGUGAUUGGUCUAGAUCAGGAGUCCAAAAAUUCUACAGGCCAAAUUCAGCCCAUUGUCUGACUUGGGACAGCCUAUGAACUAAGGAUAGUGGAAAAAAGCAAAAGAAAAAAUAUUUCAUAAUAUGUAAAAAUUAUAUGAAUUUACUGCAUAAUAUCUCCAAUUUUGCUAACUGACCACAAAGCCCAAAUUUACUACCUUGCCCUUUAUAGGAAAAGUCUGUCAACCCUUGUUUUAGGGCAAGUAGGAUCACUGAUUGCCUUCUGUUGGGCACACUGCUAUCCUGAACCAAAAUCAAAGUUCUGGCUGCAAUAAACCACAGAGAAAGGA